AUGAUCGUUGUACUGUUGCAUUUGACUAUUCGACUGAGAAACGUGUAUCUCUUACGCAUCCUCAACCUUUUGGUGCCAUCUGGCGUCCGAGUACUAACUCGUCGGUUUUGUACAUGGUUUCUUUUCCAAAAUCAUUGUAUCUACCAGAUACUAUACGCAUUCAUACUGCUCGCCGGUCAUUACCUUUUGAUCUCACGCGUGAUAAGCAUAUUGUAUCGGUACUUGGAAUGGGAAAAUCACUUGUUCAUCACAUUGGCCUGCCUGUUUUUCAACUGCCUGAGUUAUACCAUGGUAUGUUUAACGGAUCCAGGUGUCAUCACUCCCCGAAAUAUACCACUUUUCUCGAAGGUUUACUCUUAUGACAAUGUGGUCUACUCUCCGAUGGAGUGCGGCAGUUGUGCUCACCUGAUACCAGCGCGGGCAAGACAUUGUGCGCGCUGCGACCACUGUGUUUAUCGAUUCGAACAUCAUUGCCUGUGGACCAAUUGCUGCAUCGGUGGCCUCAAUUAA